UGCCGGGAGCCCGCCGGGAUCGCUCGGCCGGGAUUUCAGCCGGGAAUUCCCUCGGCAGUGGCGCUGGUGGGAGCCCAGGUGACCUCGGAGAGCAAGGAAGUGCCGGAACACAAACCCGUGGACAUCCCCUGCUCCGCGUUCCGCUCGGGCUGGAGCAACCCCCGCAUCGAGUGGAAGUUCCAGAAAGGCUCCUCCCUGCAGCUCUUCUACUACGGGGGGGAACUCACAGAGCCGUACCGGAACCGUGUGCGGUUCUCGCCCACCUCCAUCCACUUCGAGUCGGUGACGCGGGAGGACUCCGGGAAGUACAUCUGCGAGGUGGUGGGGGAUGGCAGCCACAUCGCCAAGUCUGAGGUCACCCUCACGGUCCAAGUGCCCCCCGGGAAGCCUGUGGCCCACGUGCCCAGCUCUGCCACCAUCGGCUCCCGGGUGGUUCUGCGCUGCUCCGAGGGCCAGGGCUCCCCCCCACCCACCUUCCGCUGGUACAAGAACGGCUCGGUGCUGCCCCAGGACCCCAAAUCCAGCCCCACCUUCCGCAACUCCUCCUACAGCCUCGACCCCCGCACGGGGGAGCUGAUCUUUGAGCCCGUGGGGGGCUCGGACACGGGUGAUUAUCACUGCGAGGCCUCCAACAAUGUGGGAUCCCCCCAGAAAUCCGACGUUUUCCGCAUGGAAGCGAGCGAGGUGAACGUGGGUGGGAUCGUGGCCGCCGUGGUGCUGCUCCUGCUGGUCCUGGCACUCGCCGCCUUUGGGCUCUGGUUCGCUCACAGGCGCGGCUACUUCAGCAAGAAAACAGAUUCUGGUGGAAAGAAGGUGAUUUACAGCCAACCCUCCAGGCGCAGCGAGGGCGAGUUCAAACAAACCUCCUCGUUCCUGGUGUGACGCCGCUGCCCCUUCCCCCCCCCGGCCCCUCCCCCGGCCGGAUUUUCCCAAUUCCC